CUUAUUAGGGAUUGAUUCAAUUUCCCAAUAAAUCGUUUUCAAUAUGGUUAGAAAAACGACAAUCUUCAUCUCUAUAUUAUUUUUUACGUUGCCAAUUUCAUCCGGAAAUGAAAAGGAAGGAAGAAACCUAAAAAUUGCUAAAGCAAGAAAAACACAGCCACAAAAACGUGCAGGCGAAACUAACUGUGCCUGUGGAAAAGUUGCGACAAACACUGCCCCCAAAAUAGUAGGGGGUAAAAAAUCUCAAAAUCAUGCCUCCCCUUGGCUUGGGGCGUUAGUUUAUACUGGUGGUUCACAACCCUCUCAAUUUUGCGGCUCGAGUUUAAUAAAUGACCGCUACGUCGUGACCGCAGGCCAUUGCGUUGUUGGGAAGAUAACCACUACCCAAGGUUAUCAAGUGUUUCUAGGAAGUAACAAAAUCAAUGGGACUGAUGCUAAGAGGGUUAACAUUGUGGGAGUUAUCGUCCAUCCAAAUUAUAAUUCUCAAACCUUGGAAAACGAUAUCGCUCUUAUUCAAUUAGCCGAGCAGAUAAAAAUCACGCCUAAAAUCCGUCCCAUAUGUCUGGCCAAAGGUCCCGCAACCUUUGCCGGAAAAAAUGCUAACGUUGCAGGAUGGGGAACCCAACAAAAAGGUGGAAAUGCAGUAAAUCAACUAAGAAAUGCUUGGGUAAAAAUAAUGGAAAAUUCUGUAUGUGCAAAAAAUUAUACGACAGCCAAAGUUAAAAUUACUCCAAACAUGUUGUGCGCCUCACUACCUGGAAGGGAUUCUUGUUCUGGUGACAGUGGCGGUGCUUUAGUGGUUAAAGAAAAUGCAGACACAUUUCGCCAAGUGGGGGUCGUUUCCUUUGGCAUAGAUUGUGGUAACACCCACUACCCAGGAGUGUACACGAGAAUAACACGAUACUAUAAAUGGAUUCUGGAAAACACACAGGAUGCCAUAUAUUGCUCCAAAUAAAAUAACCCUUACAAAUUUGUUGUUAGCCAAUUAAUUAGUCAAUUAUACGGAUUAACCGCUGUCGAAUUUUCCUCUCCAUGAACCCACGCACAGAAAUCGGAUGCUUCAUCUACACCUCCAAAGCAGUCAAUUGUCCCGUCACAAACUUUUCCAAUUUCGAUACACCCACCAAAUUUGCACUUGAAUUCGGUCUGAGGACUGUAAAUUAAAUAUUUUUAGGACCACUUUAUCUUAUUUAGUGUUUUAAGACUUUCUCACGAACUCGCAUUUGACGACGCGUUUAAAACAAGACCUGUCCGCGUAUCCUAAUUCGUCCUCGCCCCCACCGGGACAAUCUUUGUAGCCGUUGCACACUCGUGACUUGUGAAGGCACGAGGUCCCAUUAGCACAACGGAAUUCUUGGCAUAAACACGGCUUAUGGAUUCCAACCCAUUUACAGCCUAAAAUUAAAUUAUUAUUAGUCAAAUAUAUAUUACAAAAUAAUGUCAUGAAUUAUUACCAACUAAGACGGCAGCCAAAGCCAGAUAGGUGGUUACAACAAGACAAUAAAUCGUUAAUUGUUUAAA